UUGGCCUGGGAGUUAUGACGCUACUAGCUGAUAACCUACAGCUAUGUUCUACUGUCCUGGAUUUCACGGAUUCAUCAAAUGCUCCACGUACAACAAUAAAUGAAUUGGUUAAAAACAAACCAAUAAAGACUGGUUAUAUUAAUGGAGAACGUAAGGAAAAUCUGGAACUCAGUAGUUCUAAUCGUAAGGUGCGAACAGCUCGUGCCCGACGGAGUAUCUUGCAACUGGCUAAUGUGUUACAUUGUGUCACGGGAUGUAAUCCUUUAACUUACAAAGGAUACGGUUGUUACUGUGGUUACAUGGGAAAAGGAGAACCAGUAGACGAAAUUGACAGGUGUUGUUUGGAACAUGAUUGGUGCUACGCCUAUUCCGCUUGCCCUCAACUUUUGGUCUAUUUUGUUUCUUACCAAUUUCAGUGCGUUGUCCCCGGUUACGCUCGUUGUAGAGACGACAGCUACUCCAUGGCCAGUGAAUGUGCUGCCCAACUUUGUGAAUGUGACAGAAAUUUUGCUCAUUGUGUCAGUAAAUAUUCAUGUCCCUUACAUCGUGCAACAUGUCUGUCUUCCUCAUCAACACUGACUGUCACAUUCCAUAACUUGGUUCAAGGUCGAGGGUUCUGAGUAGCAUAUUCAUCUCCCAUCAA